AUGUCAUCCCGGUCGAACAGCUCAGCACAGAGUACAUCCCCGCGGGCAUCAUCUCACCGGAGAGCCAGCCGAUCUACAAGUUCCAAGAAUGGGGUAGAAUCUCGCUCAGUACCGUCUGCGUCAGGAAAUGCGUCUCAAAACGGCGCCGCACGAAAUUCCAGCCCAGAUUCCGACCACAGUGGUAUAUCUGCUCCCGCCAGUACAACGUCAUCGGUGCAAAACUCGCAACAUAGCGAUAGUGGGUUGGAAUCUUCGAGUAGCAACCGCUGGCUUUUCCAACGUGCUGCGAACCUCUUACGACAAAGUCUUGAUUUGGACGGCGCUGGCGGUGUCAUGUUUAUGGAGGCUAGUGACAACUCCUCCGAAUAUGUCGCAGCUGGAUAUCGCGACUCCCCUGAUUUUACAAAUCCUGCUCCUCUUCUUGCAUUAUCCACUAGAGUUGAUCCGUUUUCAUAUCAGUCAAGCUCUACGCUGUCAGAUCCAGCUGUAAAUCUUGACAAUGUCUUUCUGAAACAGUUAACACAUCGCUACCCUAAAGGGAAACUCUGGUCAUUCCACCAUGAUGGGACAUUUUCAACUUCAGAAGAUCAGUUGACCGACGAGUCUCGGAAACAACGAAGGAAGUCCAAGGCUUCGGAGACUAGCAAACUGAAUAACUUCUUCCCUGAUGCGUCCGAAGUCAUGUUUGUCCCACUGUGGAAUGCUACAGAUUCCCAGUGGUUCGCUGGGUGUUUUUGUUGGACUCCACAGCCAACGCGAGUUUUUAGCCCUGCCGUUGAUCUGAGCUCAGUAUUUGCCUUCGGGUCCUCUAUUAUGACCGAAUACAGCCGUGUUGAAUCAGUUAUCGCAGACCGCCAAAAGGGGGAUUUUAUAAGCAGUAUCUCCCACGAACUGCGCAGCCCAUUGCAUGGUGUCUUGGCUGCAUCCGAGUUUUUCGGAAGUACUACACUUGACCAGUUCCAGGAGUCUCUCCUCGAUACCAUAAAUGCAUGUGGCAGGACUCUCUUGGAUACAAUGAAUCAAGUUUUAGACUUCAGCAAAAUCAUGUCAAUGGAAAGACACAAGAAAGCCUUUAAGCAUGGAAAAGAUCCGGGGAAACUGAAGCCCUCCGAGGAAAAUGUGGCGCGCCUGGAUGCAUUGGUCUUUACAGAUGUGGCUCUUUUGACAGAGGAUGUUAUAGACAGCGUGUGCUUGGGCCAUUCCCAUAUGCGGAAGUCAGCCGUGUCCACCAACCACCACACGGAUGCCUCGCCAACAUCACCUUCCAAGCCAGCAAAUGAUGACAGCCAAGUUGGUCUAAUUCCACAAGUGGAUGUCAUUGUUGACAUUCCUGAUAAUGACUGGAUGUACAAAGUCCAGCCGGGCUCGCUGAGACGCCUAAUUAUGAAUAUUCUUGGCAAUGCACUGAAGUAUACUAGAAAGGGGCGGAUUUCCGUCUCCAUGGAGUUCAUUGAGUGCUCAAAGGGUCGCUCUCGACGCCAAGGUCUCGAAGACAUGGUGACAUUGACCAUCUCAGAUACGGGUAAGGGCAUCUCGAAGGAAUAUCUUCGGAAGCACCUGUUCACUCCGUUCUCGCAAGAAGAUCCGCUAUCAGUAGGCACUGGUCUCGGUCUAUCAAUUGUUCGCGGCAUUGUGAGAACUCUCAAUGGGAAAAUUAGCAUUCGAAGCCGACAGGGCGAAGGUACUACUGUCAAGGUGUCACUUCCGCUCGAACGUCUAGUGGGAGAUGAAAACCCACAAUCACCGUCUAGCAUGGAAAAUCCGGGCUACAAUAAACUUGCACCAUCUUCUCAGCUCCGACGUCUCGACUGUAGUGGAAAACGUGCUGCUAUCUGGGGAAUCGACCUAGCUAGUAUUGGGGAGGACCCGUUCUGGGCUUCCAUAGCCCGAUAUAUCACAGAUUGGUAUGGUCUGCAGCUUGUUCCUGUGUCUGUCAAUGAGCCUAUCGAUAUUAUGUUUAUGAAUGAAAGGGAUUUGCCUGCACACGAGAUGCGGAAUUUCCCAGCACCAUUGCCAAGCCUGCUCAUCUUUUAUAGUGAGACGAGCAACCAGGGUGAUGCUAGGGCAAAAUGGUCGCAUCUUGCUCACUCUUUGGCAAUUCUUCAUCGACCUUGUGGCCCACGGAAACUUUCUCGCGGUAUCUUGAGCUGUCUGUAUGCAAAGCCGACAAGCCCUACGUUGAACCCGCAAAAUCUCCGGCAAUGCUUGGUACUUCCUGAGCGACCAGCUCUUAUAUCCUCGCCUUUACAAGUUGAAGAUUCGAAUCCCUCAUUAUCAGGAAAUUUACGAUCAUCAACUCCUGAACCACGAAUCUCCACCCAGGGGUCCAAGGGCACCAUCGAUCCCACAGAGCGUAGCGCCUCUGCAUUGACAUUGCAUACCGACAGCUCGGCUCCAACAAUGUCCGGGAGUACCGCUUCCACCAAUGCCGCAUAUUCUUCAUCUAUUCCACCUUCCUCUAGUGACUCAGGCCAAGUUAGCACUUCAUCUGGGAGCGAAAGCAGACCUCGAGUCUUAGUGGUUGAUGAUAACGACAUCAACCUUCACCUCAUGAUGACUUUCAUGAAAAAGCGAAAGGUCGUGGUCCUAGAUAAAGCCAAGGAUGGCAGAGCAGCCGUCGAGGCAUUUGAAAGGAUGCCGCAGGGAUACAACCUUAUUUUCAUGGACAUAUCUAUGCCAGUCAUGGACGGAUUUGGGGCGACGCGCGCCAUUCGUGCAAUCGAGAAAGAAAAAGAUGGCUGUAUUCCAGCAACAAUCAUCGCUUUAACAGGACUUAGCAGUUCGCUCGAUGAGUCUAGAGCCUUAGACUCCGGUGUAGACCUAUUCCUAACGAAGCCUGUUUCUUUCAGGGAAGUAUCAAGGCUCGUUGAUGAAUGGGAAGCUAAACCACCGAAAUAA